AUGUCGCGACAGAGAUCUUUUCUCGCCUCAUUUCUGACCUCCAUCGAGCCGCCGAAGAGCGACUCCACUGAGAAUGACGUUGAGCUGAGCUCCACUUCGACCAUCGAGCUGUUUGUGAAGACCAAUUCCCUGAAGGAGGUCAGUCAGCAGGAUGGCAAAAAGAUCGUGGAGGAUAUAGUCAACAAAAUAUUCGACAGCAAGCAGGGCCUGGCCAACCUGUCCAGCUCGCAGGGCUCCCUGGAGAGCGAUCUCCAAGCGUCCGUGGAGAUGGACAAGCGUCUGAAGCACUGGUACGACACGCUUCAGGACCGCACACAGACUCAGAUGAGGAUCCAGCGCAAGAUCGGUCGUAAUCCCAACGAAAUGCUGAUCAAUCUGCCCACCACAGUGGAGCAGCGGGACAAGGCCACUGUGCAGCGUCUGAUGGACUAUGCCACGCGCAUGAAUCCCACAUCGCUGGCCUUAAAGAGGCCCGUGGAACUGCCUGCCUACUUUGACACGAAGCGUUGCCAGGAGGUGAGCAAGCUGGUGGAGACUCUACCGCUGGCCGAGAGACAAGGAGCAGCCAAUGUGGAGAUUAUUGGGCUAACCAAUGCCACCAAGCUGGAGAUAUUGGGACCGACAUGCAAUGUGAAGUCCUCCCACCAGAAGGAGAGGAGUAAGUGGCUUGGUUCCAAGCUGCUCGACGAGAAGAUCGAGAAGAGAUGCGGCGACAUUAAGCGGGUGCUCCAGUACUAUCCGAAUGUGGAUGAUCUCGAGGUGCUGGGCACCAACAUGCAGGAGGUACUGAAUCGCCAGGAACAGGGUGCUGGCAAGGACAUUGAAUGCUUGUCCACUGAAUCUCUAUACAACAUCAGCAGCAGUACCCAGGAGUCGACGGCCGAGGAGCAGGAGGAGGAGCAGGCGGAGGCGGAUGAGCAGAUUAAAAAAUCUGCGCCAGAGCCCAUUAUCCCGGCGGUAGCUAUCCGCAUCAACGAUGAGAUCUUCAUUCAGCCAGAACGUCGUAGCCGUGACAUUGUCACCUGGGACAUUUAUUUCGAGUGCCAUCCAUACGAGAACGUGGUGAAGCAGGUCCUUCGCCUGGAGAACGUGGGGCGGCAGGUGAUAACCUGCCAGUGGUCCAAUUCGGAGUUCUACAAACGCAAUCCGCAGUUCAUGGGUCCCAACUUUGACACUUUCUUUCUGGAGCGCACUAACUUUGCGCUCUUCCCCGGGGAGGUUCACCUAACGAAUGUGCUGUUCCGGCCACGUCGUUGCCUGGUGCAGAAGCAGCGCUGGGAGCUGCGGGUCUUCCCCAAUGUCUUCUGCAAUUACCGGGACACAAUCCUUCUGAAGCUGCACGGCAAGUGCCUGCCUGCCCCGGAGUAUACGCAGAAGGUGCAGAAGCAGCUGGACCGUGUGUUGGACAAGUCAAAGACACAGAUGGCCCAAAAGGUAACAGAGCUCAAGGCCACUCUGGUGCCGCUCAUCCAGCCCCACGAACUGCUCUGCCCCUAUGAGCGCAUUUUCGACGAGCGUGAGAUCUUCAACUCGCAGAACUUGGGCUACCACUGCGAUCGCUUCGAUGAUCUGGAGACCCUGAAGACCCUGUACCAAGCCUUGAAGAAGCCCCGCGAGCCGGCCUGGGAUCUGCGCUUGGAAACGAUCAAGAAGGUAAUCCUGCGCCUGCCCGAAGCAGAGCAGAGGGAGGAGAACUUCAAGAAGCUCGUUGAUGUCCAGUGCUCCCUUAAAUGCGCAGCAGCCGGGUCCGGGGACUUCGAUCAGACCCUGCCCCUAUGCUUCGGCCACAGCACUGAGAAGGAUCGAUCCCGAUUCAUUUACGUGCGGGGCAGCAUUGGCAAUGGCCUGGAUGAGUGGGAGGAGCUAGUCACAUCCCUGGAGCAGAACUCUCUCAAGUCGGAGCUGGCCUGUUUCUAUGCUGAAUCCCUCGACGAAGGCCAAGAGGAGAACUCCUCAAAUCAGGCCACCUCGGAAGAGGAGACCAGCCCCUUGCUGCGGCAACACCGCCGCGACAAUCCCCAGCUCUAUGUUUUACUCAAAAUGCGCUCCAAGAAGUACUACCGCGACGCCCUCUACAUGCAGACCUAUACCCAUCUCUGCGACAUGGCCGAGAAUGUGGUGUCCAUCAUAGAGAGCACUCAGUUUGUUUAG